AUGGCCUCUGCUGCUGCGACGGACAAGGACUUCUUGGCCAAGAAGAUUGUCUCGGCGGAUGGGCCGAAGGGUGGAGAAGUGGUGCACGAUGUGUCUCUCGGCGAAUGGUGCAUCACUCGCAUUGAGCCGGAGGAGGAGUCGAACCGGCGACGGUCAGUACUCGAGCGCAUUGUCAACGUGGUGCGGGUGUGGAUUCGCCACACCAUGAUCGCCGAGUUCCGAAUGCCAGAGGCGGCAGCAGCGCAAGUCGAGGGCCGCAUCUUUGCUACCGGUUCCUACCGCUACAACGUGCACACGUCCGGCAGCGAUAUUGAUAUGGUGCUGAUUGCCCCCAGCCGCAUCACUCGCGAGCACUUUUUCAACACCCUGGCGCCACGGCUGAAGGGUGAGCCGUGGGUGACGGAAUUGCACUGCAUUCGCGAAUCUCGCGUGCCGAUCAUUGCGAUGGUGUGCGACGGCAUCGACAUCGAUCUCUCGUUUGGGUCGAUCCGCCAGGACCGCGUUCCAGAGGUAAUCACGGAUGACCUUCUGCAAGGCCUAGACGAGCAGUCCGUACUGAGCUGUAACGCUGUGCGAGUGGCGCACAACAUCAUGGACCUGGUGCCGAACAAGGCCGUCUUCCGUCAAGCACUGCGCUUUGUAAAGGCGUGGGGCAAGGCGCGGUCCAUCUACAGCAACACCUUCGGCUUUCCAUCCGGCAUCGGCUGGGCCAUCCUCACGGCGUUUGUGUGUCAGUGUUAUCCGAACCAGAACGCUGCCGGGAUGAUCACCCGCUUUUUCCGCACGUACCACACGUGGUUUAAACCGAACCCGCACGAGACCGGGACCGAGAACCGCGCCAUUUAUCUCACCGAGUCAAUGCGGGCCCGCACUCACCUUGGCCGCGGCUGGGACCCACGCGAGUCGAAGUCAGAUGCCAUGGCGCUCUUCCCGGUGCUGACGCCGGCGGUGCCGUACGGGAAUACCUGCUACAAUGUUACCCUCACCAACCUGCGCCAGCUCUGCGACGAGUUCCAGCGUGGGCACGAUCUGCUUAGCAACGACCUCGGCAUGAGCGCAGUGGAGGCGGAGGCGAAGUUCGGCCCGUUCGGUGUUUGGUCACGCGUGCUGGAGCCGGCCCCGUUCUUUGGCAAAUUCCGGCACUACCUACAUAUUAAAGUCUCCUGCAGCGAUGCGGAGCACUACCAGGCCUAUGCCGACGGAGUGGAGUCGCGCAUACGUAUCCUCUGGGCCGGCAACGCCUCGUCACGUGGCCACACGCUGGAGGACUACCGCCAGCUCCGCCUGCACCUGAACCCGCGCCGAUUCGAGGACCCAGAGGAGGUGCAGCUGCGGACACGGCUGGCAAGCAAAGCCAGUGGCGCGGCGGCGGCGAACCACACUCGUGGCAGCGUCGGCUCUCGCACCACUGGGCAGCUUAGUGACAGCGGCAGCACUCUCCGUGGUAGCCCUCCCAUGAAGGACAGCACGGUCUCCUUAGGUCAGACUUGGCUUACGGCAAACUACUUCAUCGGCAUGACCGUCGAUACGAAGGUGUCCUCGGCCAAGAUUGACCUCGCACCCGCAAUCCGCACCUUUCACGCCGUUGUUCGCGAGCUUCGUCAGUACCGCGAGGGCGUCACGAGGCUGCCGGUGAUAACGGUGGUGGACAUGACGCGGAUACCGACCUUCGUUAAGGAAGCAGCAGGGUACGUGGAGGAGACAGAGGUGGCCCAGGAGGCGCAGGCCUCUAGCGAGGUGGAGGAGGUGCGCAACAGCAGCAACAACACUGCCGCGUCUGCACGCACGGCAAAACGUGACGGCACUUCCUUGGCUGCGACGUUGUCAUCGACGACGAUCACGACGGCGGGCGACUCCACCGGCACGACAGCGAGUGUGACUGACCGCUCGGUGAGCGAGGCAGGUCACAGUCUUUACGACGGCAGCGCAGAGAGCGGUGCGGCGUCGACCAUCGACGGCCACGUAUGCAAGCGCGCACGGGAGCAGGACGGCACAGAUGGCCGCGCUACCGUGGCGGCCAAGGCAGAGGAAUCGAUAACAGCUGUUGAUAGCGGCAACGGUGCGACUAACAGGACACUGGUGGCGGAAAACGACGACGACCUUGAGCAGGCGCUUGGCCUGGACUUUUAG